UCUCCAGUUUAGCGGGAGAUUCGGAGUCUGCCAGCGGCUGUUAGGCAAAAGUGACCCGCUAGAAACUUGGGGACCCCUGGGUUCGAGCAGUAGCCGUGCUUUUGAGUGUCCCACCCGGCGACAAGCCUGGGCUCAUUAGCUCCAGCGGUUCGGGAGCCCGGUUCCAGGUUGAUCAGAAUAUUGUCACCUGAAUGAGAGUGUGGAAGUCCCUGACAGGCCUUCCAGGUGGAUUGAGAACCUCAGUGACUUGCUAGUUCAGCUCCCUGUUGCCAGUUAUGGAUGUUCGUGAAUUUGGGCAGAUCAUUUAUCUGUUGUUUGCUUUAGUGUCUAGUAAAUCCCUUUCCCUGAGAUGAGCUACAAUGGACCAGAAAAUUAUCUCUCUAGCAGCAGAAAAAACAGCAGAGAAGCUGCAAGAAUUUCUGCAGUGCCUGAAAGAUGAUGAGCUAACUAGUCUCCUUCAGAAGCAUGCAGUGAAAGGAAAAUCACCUGGAGCACUGCUGAAAGGCAUCUUCAAGGGUUCCCCAUGUUCUGAGGAGGCUGGAGCCCUUAGGAGACUCAAAGUAUACAAAUAUUGUAUCCAGUUGGUGGAAUCAGGAGAUCUCCAUAGAGAAAUAGCAUCUGAGAUCACAGGACUUCUGAUGCUUGAGGCUCACAGUUUGCCUGGCUCCUCAUUGGUUGAACUAGCCAAUGGAUUUGUUGAUGUUGUCAGGGAAGGCAGCUUGGUGAAUGGGAAGUCUUUGGAGUUAUUACCCAUCAUCCUUACUGCCCUAGCUACCAAAAAGGAAAACUUGGCUUAUGGAAAAGGUGAGCUGAAUGGUGAAGAAUAUAAGAAGCAGCUGAUUAACACUUUGUGUUCUAGCAGAUGGGACCAGCAGUUUGUAAUCCAACUUACUUCUAUGUUCAGGGAUGUCCCUCUGAGCAUAGAGGAGUUGGAGUUUGUGGUAGAAAAGGUCCUGAGACUGCUCUCCAGGUUGGACCUCCAAGAGAUACCUCCUUUGGUCUACCAGCUUCUGUUGCUUUCCUCUAAGGGAAGUAGGACGAAAGUUCUGGAAGGAAUUAUAGCCUUCUUCAGUCAGCUGGAUAAAUCACACAGCGAGGAGCAGAGUGGUGAUGAUCUGUUGGACCUUGUCACAGUGCCAUCUGGUGAACUACGUCAUGUGGAAGGCACCAUUAUCCUGCACAUUGUGUUUGCCAUCAAGUUGGACCGGGACCUAGGCAGAGAACUCAUGAAACACUUAAAGGCAGGGCAGCAAGGAGAUGACAACAAGACUAUAUGUCCCUUCAGCAUAGCACUCCUACUCUCAGUAGCAAGAAUACAAAGAUUUGAGGAGCAGAUAUUUGACCUUCUGAAAACGUCAAUUCUCAAAAGCUUCCGAGACCUUCAACUUCUCCACAGCUCAAGGUUUCUGCAGAACCUUGUCCCUCAAAAAUCUUGUGUCUCCACCAUGAUCCUAGAAGUGGUUAAGAAUAGUGUUCACAGCUGGGAUCAUGUCACUCAAGGCCUGGUAGAACUUGGUUUCAUUCUGAUGGACUCAUAUGGACCAAAGAAGAUCCUUGGAGGAAAAACUACUGAAACCAGCUUAGUUCCUUCCAAAACGCCAUCUCAGCAAGCAUGCAAACUGGGAGCUAAUAUUCUAUUGGAAACUUUUAAGAUCCAUGAGAUGAUCAGAAAAGAGAUUGUCGAGCAGGUUCUCAACAGGGUUGUUUCCAAGACAUCCUCUCCUAUCAGUCAUUUCUUAGAUCUGCUAUCGAAUAUCAUCAUAUAUGCACCUUUGGUUCUUCAGAGUUGUUCUUCAAAAGUCACUGAAGCCUUUGACUAUUUGUCCUUUCUGCCCCUGCACACUGUGCAAGGCCUGCUCAAGGCAGUGCAGCCCCUUUUAAAAGUCAGCAUGUCGAUGAGAGAUUCCCUAAUACUUGUUCUCCGAAAAGCCAUGUUUGCCAAUCAGCUUGAUGCCCGAAAAUCUGCUGUUGCUGGGUUUUUGCUCUUAUUGAAGAAUUUUAAGGUUCUGGGCAGCUUGUCUUCAUCUCAGUGCAGUCAGAGUAUUGGUGCCACUCAGGUCCAUGUGGAUGUUCACAGCCGUUACAACUCUGUUGCCAAUGAGGCUUUUUGUCUCGAGAUCUUAGAUAGCCUGAGGAGAUGCUUAGGUCAACAGGCUGAUGUACGUCUCAUGCUUUAUGAGGGUUUUUAUGAUGUCCUUCGAAGGAACUCUCAGCUGGCUAAUUCAGUAAUGAACACUCUGCUCACUCAGUUAAAACAGUAUUAUGAACCAAAACAUGACCUGCUACCUCCAUUGAAACUAGAAGCAUGUAUUCUGGCCCAGGGAGAUCAGAUCUUUCUUCAGGAACCUCUGGCUCACCUGUUGUGCUGUAUCCAGCAUUGUUUGGCAUGGUACAGGAAUAAAGUGAUGCCCUUAGAGGAGGAGGAAGAGGAGGAGGAAGAAGGAUUCCAGCAAGACUUAGAAGACAUGCUGGAGUCAAUUACCAAUCGUAUGAUCAAGAGUGAGCUAGAGGACUUUGAAUUGGAUAAAUCAGCAGAUUUCUCUCAGACCACUAGUGUUGGCAUCAAGAAUAAUAUCUAUGCUCUCCUAGUGAUGGGAGUGUGUGAGGUCCUGAUCGAAUAUAAUUUCAAUAUAGGCAAUUUCAGUAAAAAUAAGUUUGAGGAGAUUCUGAGCCUAUUUAAGUGUUAUAGCAGACUCACUGAUAUCCUCAAGGAGAAAGCUGGGAAAGGCAAGUCCACAAUGGCUAACAAAACAGUUCGUAGUUUCCUGUCCAUGAAAUUUGUGUCUACUCUGCUUGUGGCUCUAUUCAGAGAUAGUUCCCAAAGCCACGAAGAAAGUUUAUCUGUCCUGCGGUCCAGCAAUGAGUUCAUGCGAUAUGCUGUGAAUGUUGCCCUUCAGAAGGUGCAGCAGCUGGAGGAGACAGGGCAGGUAGAUGGUCCCGAUGGUCAGAAUCUGGACAGGAUUUUCCAGAACCUUUGUGAAAUCACUCGGGUCCUGCUGUGGAGGUAUACUUCAAUUCCCACUGCUGUGGAGGAGUCAGGAAAGAAGGAGAAGGGCAAGACUAUCUCCCUCCUGUGCUUGGAGGGUUUGCAGAGAAUCUUCCACACAGUGCAACAGUUACUUCCUUCCAAGAUCCAUCAGUUCCUUAGGGCUCUCGAUAUCACCGAUGAAGAUGAAGGAGGAGAAGAUGUUAAUAUCACCCAGAGAGCAACUUUCCAGAUUAGGCAGUUUCAGAGAUCUCUAGUGAACUUGCUUAGCAGCCAAGAUGAUGACUUCAAUGGCAAAGAGGCUCUCCUAUUAGUGACUGUUCUUUCCAGUUUGUCCAAGCUACUGGAUCCCUCCUCCCCUCAGCUGAUUCAGAUGCUGUCCUGGACAGUCAAGAUGUGCAAGGAAAACAGUCUGGAGGAUGCCUCAUUUUGCAAAGGCCUGAUGAAUCUGCUCUUCAGCCUCCAUGUUCUGUGCAAGAGUCCUGUUAGCCUGCUACGUGACCUGUCCCAAGAUAUCCAUGGACAGCUUGGAGAUCUGGACCAGGAUAUAGAGGUAGAAAAACCAAACCACUUUGCAAUGGUGAAUCCAAGAACCGCAGCUCCCACUGUUUGUUUACAGGUUCUCAGUCAGGCUGAAAAAGUCUUAGAAGAAGUAGACUGGCUGAUCACCAAACUUAAAGGACAUCUUGGCCAUGAGACUCUGUCAGAGGAGGCUUCUCAGGAAGUCUCACUAAACCAGGCCCUCGAGAAGGCAGCUAUCCUGCAACUUGGGACUCUGCUCACAGCUUUCCAUGAGCUGGUGCAGACAGCACUCCCAUCAGGCAGCUGUGUGGACAGCUUGCUAAGGAACCUCAGCAAAAUCUAUACCAUCCUUACAGCCCUCGUUAAAUAUUAUCUCCAGGUUUGCCGUAGCUCAGGAGGAAUUCCUAAUCGUAUGGAAAAACUGGUUAAACUCUCAGGCUCCCAUCUGACACCCCAAUGCUAUGCCUUCAUCUCUUAUGUACAAAACAUCCAGAAUGAAAGCCUAAGCUUUGCAGGAGAGAAGAAAAAGGAGAAAACUGCUGCAGUUACCACAGCCAUGGCUAGAGUUCUUCGGGAGACCAAGCCAAUUCCUAACCUGAUCUUUGCCAUUGAACAAUAUGAGAAAUUUCUCAUCCACCUUUCUAAGAAAUCCAAGGUAAACCUCAUGCAGUACAUGAAGCUCAGCACCUCCAGAGACUUCAGAAUUAAUGGGGACAUCUUGGACACAGCUCUUCAAGAGCAAGAAACAGAUGAAGAGAAUGAAAGUGUGGCAGAUCAGACUGUUGCAUCUGAGCAGAGAAAAGAUAGUCAAGAACCAGCCAAGAAGAAAAGGAAAAAAAAAUGAAAUCCCUGAGUUGCUACGU